UGCUCCUUGGGGCUGACAUUUGAAAGUGCUUAGGCUAAGACACCACUCCUACACCCCACACCCCUGCCUGGCGCAGCUGUCACCCCUCACCAACAGCCGCCUCGGCCCACUCUCAGCCAGCUGUAAGCCAUUUGGACAGGAGGGAAGCAGCUCUCCUGAGUUCAGCCUGCCGAACCCCACUUUCAGUCGUCAUGACUGAAGCCAAGGCACUGAAAGUCCGGUUGACUUUCAGCAUCAUCCUGGUGGGCGUCUGCUUAUUGAUGGCCGCAGUGGUGACAGAUUACUGGGCGGUUCUGAGCCCCAAGGUGGAAAAAUACAAUGCCACCUGCGAGAUAGCCCACUUUGGUCUCUGGAGGCUCUGCACCAAACGGAUCUACGUGAGCAGCAGCGAUGAAAAGAGCUGUGGACCUAUCAACCUGCCAGGGGAACAGAACUGUUCAUACUUCAGGCAUUUUAACCCAGGAGAGAGCUCAGAAAUCUUUGAAGUCACCACCCAAAAAGAAUACAGCAUCUCUGCAGCAGCCAUCUCCAUCUUCAGCAUCGGUUUCAUGAUCAUGGGGACCAUCUUCAUCCUUCUGUCCUUCAGGAAAAAGAAGGAUUACCUUCUGAGACCAGCAGCUCUGUUCUACGCUUUUGCAGGACUCUGUAUCAUCGUCUCUGUGGAAGUCAUGCGGCAGUCAGUGAAGCGGAUGAUUGACAGUGAGGAGACGGUCUGGAUAGAGUACUAUUAUUCUUGGUCCUUUGCCUGUGCCUGCACCUCCUUCGUCCUCCUCUUCAUCUGUGGCAUUGCUCUCCUACUCAUCUCUCUGCCCCGUAUGCCCCAGAAUCCCUGGGAGUCUUGUAUGGAUGCUGAGCCCGAACAUUAGCUUGAUUUCAUCCUUUUCUGAUGACCUGGGCUGAGGACUAGGGAAAUAGCAGCCUCCAAGGCUCUCUCUAUGGAAGCCAAAUGGCUGAGGCCAAGCAGAGGUAAAAAAUGGAGACGAGGAUGUGGUGGCAUCACCCCCAUCCCCAUCUAUAGUAACUGGUUAUCCUUUCAAAGGGAUCAUAUUUUCCCUUAUCUGAGGCAUCUUUUCCAUCUAUUCCAGUUCCAUUCUUUACCCUUCCUACAUCCUACCUUCCCCCCUCCCCUCUACUCACCAUGAUAUAGAAUGGGGUCUGGAUGUGUGACAUCUUCCCCAAUUCCUAUCACUGCAUUAGACCUACAAGCUGCUACAAUUUUCUGUGCUCCUAUUUGAGUGGUGAUGGCCCUCUGCUCUAACCUGCUAGCAGAAUGGGAGUCCAGAGCUGUAUCAGCUUUAAAUCAGAGGCCUGAUUUUCUACACUCCAAGCAGUGCCUAUAGGUAGGAAUGUUGGGAGAGUGUGUGUUUCCCCUAGAUGUGGCAGUUUUGGUUCAUAAUUGUUCUUGUACACAAUUUCAAACUGGUUUCAGGUUCUCCUUUACAAAUUACUCCAUCCCUACGUCCCACCCCCACUACAUCAUUAUGUCAGUUUUCUAAUGCUCUGUGUGUGUAAGCCCCUGGGAGGAAGUCCCCAAAGCAAUAGAGAUUAACUUGUAGAAAUAGACAACCCCUCCUCUACAUAAUGCCAAGGCACAUAGUGGAGCUUCUUGGAAUUCAUUCCAAAGUGAAUUCCUCCUGUUUGUCCUACUGUUAAUCACAAUCCCCAAGGAGCAUUUCGGACUGGGAAGAAAUGA